GAAUUGAAAGCGAAAGACGAUCAUUUUGUGGGGGAGCUUAAAAAGAGGACGGAUGAAGUUGACAUGAUGGUUGAACGAAUGGAAGCGCAGAUGAGGGCAGUUCAAAAUGCCUACGGCACCGAAUUGAAGGAAAUAGAGAAAGCCUUUCUACGAGAUCGUGAUAAUUUACUAAAUGAACAGAAUGGAAGUUGGGAGGACUUUAUAAAAGAGCUUCGAAAAAAGCAACUGGAUUAUCUAGAAGAACGUAAACGUCGAAUAGUGGAAUUGGAAGACUUAAUUCUGAAAUUGCGAACUAACCAUUCUGAAGAGUACAAUGAGCUGAAAUUGCGCUUAUCAACUGAAGUUCAGAAUAUGGGGACUGAUUUAAUAAGAGCGAAAGCAACAUAUCAAUUAAAUUUGGAGAAGCUGGAAUAUAAUUUCCAAGUUCUCAAAAGGCGAGAUGAGGAGAAUAAAUUGACACUGGCCCAACAAAAACGCAAGAUAACUCAACUUCAGGACCAAUUAAAUAAACUGAAGAUUAAAUCAAAGAAUAUCAAGGACUCUUUAAAAAAUGAGAAUGCAGAACUCUCCGAGGACUACAGGCGAAUGAAGGAGAACUUUAAGCAGUUACAAAGGAAGUCACAAAUACUGAUAAAAAGCGAAGAGGACAACUAUCGGGCAUUAUGGAAAAUGAAUGAAGACGAAAUACGAAAAUAUGCAAUUAAGCUAAUGAAAGCUGACAAAAUUAUCACUGAACGACAACUGGGAUUGGCGUGGGAAAAGCCCGAUACAUCCUUUAUGAAAGAAGAUGGCCCCAAAGAUUUAUCUCCAAUUGAAAGCAAAGAAUCAUCUCUGGCGGCAAGAGUUAUGAAAGAAAAUGAAGAUGAUGAACACAGAUCAUCGACAACGAAAUGUUCCUUGCCUCGAACUCUGAAAGAAGCCUCCAAAGAAAUUGUGGACGAGUUUUUGACAUUGCUUGCUUUUGAACCUGAAUUCCUAAUUGAAGCUAAGGUCAAGAAGAUAUUGAGGGAUAUGGCUUUCGAGGAUCAGAAAUUAGUUCGACUGGAUUUAAUUCUCACGAUGCUUGAAGUGACUACUGAAGAGAGACUGGACAAAUUGUUCACUUACUUUUUACUGCCUUCCAACGGUGAAGAAUCAAACGAACUCGACAACCAAUCAAAUGCAUGCGACUCAAGUCCAAUCAACGACCCCAUUUUGACCAGUAAAAUCGAUGAAUUAUGCCUAAUGCACAGCAGUAACACUGAUGAUGCUGAUGCAUCCGAUGGCACAGAAACGCCCGAUGAUGGAAAGAUCGAGGAAUGCGUCGUUAAGCUUAUCGAUCCCAUAGAUGUUCCAAAAGUUCUAUAUCAAUUUGCUGUUGAGAACUGUUCGUCCAAUACCGCGGAGGUUAUUAACGCGUCAAAAGGCCUCAAUGGUAGAAGUGAAGUCACCAAGUUGAAUUGUGAUCAUUAUCUGCGCGAAAUUUUAUCAGACCUAGAAACGGACACCGCUCAUCUGCAGAAAUAUGAAAGUACCUUCGCUCCAGAAACAAAAAGACAAAUGUGGUCGGCUUUAAAACGCGCCUUGCAAGAAUACUUGGAACUUCUAAGAAUGAGAUCGCGUUUGAUAGAAGAUAACGAAUGCCUGAAAAAUCAAAAUAAGGAGCUCCGACAUCUUGUCAAAAUUUAUGCCAAACCCGAGGCUAGCCAAUGCGUUGAAAUGAGCUAA